AAGAUAUAAUUCAUAAUAAUAAUAAUAAUAAUAAUAUUAUUAAGGAAGAUAAAAAAUGUAAAAUAAAAAAUGAAGAAAUAAAAACAAAUGUUACUAAUACAUUUGAUAAAAAUAAUAUAAUACUUAAUAAUAAUGUUGCCGAUAAAUAUAAAAAUAUUAUUUUAAAUAUAAAUGAAAUAAACACAAUAUUAAAAGAUCAUCCCCAUUUUAAACAAAUCGUUGAGAACGAAAAUGUUACGGAGUUUAUGAAUAAAUAUUUAAUAAACCCUAUAGAAGCAAUCAUAAAAUAUAAAAGUGAUCAACACGUUAUUGAAUUCUUGAAUACUUUAUUUAAAUAUAUGAAUGCUAAAAGAAACUAUAUACAUAUAAACAAUUUACCUCAAUCUUUUACAUUCCAAAAAAAAAAAUAA